UAAAUCGCACCUGGUAGUGUGACCUCGAUCAAGACUUUUUUGCUUCCCUUCCUUUCUUUCCCACUCCACCCACUUCCCUUCUUCACUAUUGCACGCUGACUCACCCGCCAUUAACGCCCCCUUCAACAUCCCUCCCUCUCUGUUCGCCACCCAAUUCUCCAGCCAACACGCCCGACAUUGUCUUCAAACACCCCUUUCAUCCUCUUCUUCUCUAUCUCACCGCCAUACCCACCCAUCUUCACACCAUUUCCCCUCAUGGGACACUUCUCGCGGAUUCACUCCUACGAUGGGUUUUGUGCGGCUUUCAGAAAUGGGUCCGCCUCAACUUCUUCAUUGGUGCUCGAUUCUGACAGAGACGAGCUCGUCCAGGCUCCAUUCAACCUUGACACUAAAGGGGUUUCGGCUGAGAGAAGCGCCGCCGCCCUGAAGAAUCACAGCGACGCUGAGAGAAGACGUAGAGCCAGAAUCAAUGCCCAUCUUGGGAGUCUUAGAACUCUCGUUCCCGGUGGCAAGAAGAUGGACAAGGCUACACUUCUUGCUGAAGUUAUUAGCCAUUUGAAAGUUCUAAAACGAGCUGCUGCAGAAGUAAGUGAUAUUCAUAUCAUACCAAAAGAAAUAGACGAAAUAACAGUUGAACAGCAGGAGGAUGGAUUAGAAGGAGUACCAUAUUCAAUCAGAGCCUCGCUAUGUUGCGAUUACAAGCCUGGCCUCCUGCCUGAUUUAAGACAAGCACUACAUGCUCUUGACCUGAUCAUAAAGAGGGCAGAGAUUGCUACCUUAAAUGGAAGGAUGAAGAACGUGUUCGUGUUAACUAGCUGCAAAGGAGGCGACAUCGAAACUACUGAAUUUCGUCGGUUCCUCGAAACCUCGGUGCACCAAGCCAUCAAAUCUGUUCUAAACAAGUUCUCUGAUCCGCAAGAGUUCUCGUUCAUGACGUUUCCGAAUAAGAGACGGCGAAUUUCCAUGUUCCAUUCGUCGAGCUCGUCGUCCAUCGGUGAUUUCUGGUGAGCUUAUGAUUGUUUUAUGUGUUUAUAAAACUCGAGAAAUAGUCAUGUGGGGGAAUAAGUGAGCUAGAGAUGAAAUGAUAUUCAUAAUCUUUGUGCUAGAAUAGUACAAGAACAUAUCAUAAACACCGAUAUGCUAGGAGUGAUUUCAUAGAUUAUGCUACAAAUCUGUAUCUUCUGAAUUCAAAUUGUAUCUUUUUUCUCUGUGAUAUAAUGUAAAGAACUGAUAGUAACAAUGAUCAACAUUUUGUUUUAAAGAUUU